AUGGUUUGCCAGUGUGGAGGACGUUUCUUUCGGGAUCCUUGGAUGGACCUCGUCGAUGCCCAACGCGCAGAAUGGGUUGAUUUUGUGCAAGAGUUGACGAAUGUUCUCCACCGUGAAGACCAAGCUGAUAGCACUGUUGGGUCAUUUGUCGCUUCUCCGUUUCUUCCCUCAAGGGAGAACGCGAAUGGCUUGUUUCUGCGGCGAUGUCUCAUCUACUUGAACAGUACGUUUUUGUUAUUUCGAGUGAGGUCCAGAAUGGUGGUUUGUUUUUGUAUGUUCCAUUGGCGGAUUUCUGAUUUACAGCGGUUCCGCAUUUUACGAAAUGCCAGCUCAUCUUCUGUGUCCCCUGUGGUCAACUUUUUGAAAAAGAGCUGGGAUUUUUUUUCCAGAAGUCGGCGAAUCCUUUUGGUAGCGUGCGGUUCACGCGAGUGCCACAAACUCCUGUUCGAGCAGGCCAUGCACAAAUGCAUUCAGCUCUUAGCAGUUAGCAAUGUGCAAAUCGGUAACAGGUCCUUGGCGAAAUCUCAAUAUUCCUGUUUCGUUGGCUUCGGAUAUUUAAUCUUCCGUGGAUCUGCCUUUGCCGCCCAAGCGGAGUUUCAUGCAGAUAUAGCUCGAUCUAUAUUCGUGAACAAAGCAACCGAUUUCCGUGAAAAUGCAGACUCCAACCAUGCAACUUCUAAGGAUGAUAAACCACCCGAGCAGACGCUGUUGCUGAUCAUGUUACUCACGCAUUAUACGCUGGCGAAGGCACGAACAAUACUGAAGCGAGAAAAAGAGGCCCUGAGAUCGGCGGAGGCUUCUGAACUUAUUCUAAACCAGUUGCUUGCCAUGGAGCCGCAAUUCGAUUCCACACAAUCUCACCGUUCCUGUGAAGUCGCUGAGUCGGAUGCUGAUCUACAAAUGCAGGAAUCCCAUUCGGAUGCGUUUCUUGAGUUGUACCAGGGUGUUAGUUCCCCAAUGCUUAGACCCGGAGGUGGAUUCUGUCCUUCACUGAAAGAUCUUCAAAUUCGAAUAAGAUUUUUGAUGGGUAGGUGCUUUGCAAACCAGAAGAAGAACAGUGCAGCCACCAAAUGCUACCAGCAUGCGUUGGAUUUAAUCGAGAAGCGGUAUGGAGAGGACUGCAAGGAAUCCAUCCCGGUGUAUCACGCACUAGCACAACUUGCGGAAUCCAAGGAUGAAGAGUCCAACAUCCAGCAAGCAAUCCAUUAUUACCACAAAGUCUACAAAAUUGCCCUAUCCGUAGCCAACGAAGAAAGGAGCGUACUUAACUGUAUUGAGGUUCUUCUGGUGGUGCAUCGGCUCAGUCUGGCCUAUCUAAAGUCGGAACAGUCCAACUGUUGCGAAGUUGCGGAGAAACUGCUGAAAGAUACGUUGGAGUGGAUGCAUACGUCUGUAGACGAGGAUGAAAACGUUUCCUUUGUCCACUCAGAGCAGUUGGCUCAAUCGGAAAAUGACAGACUAUUGUCUCUAAGCUAUCGACUUCUGCAAACUCAGCUACCUUCGGAGACAAGCAGCACUACAGGCAACCCGUUGUCAGACCUAAAACGCAAGCUAUCCGACCUCAUCUGUUUAAUCCGCUCGACCCUGAUCAAGAUGUACUCAGACAGUCGACGAUAUGAUGAAGCCGCGAAAUUUUUACGACAAAACUUGGCGACGCAGCAGUUUCUUCACGGUCUCUACAGUCCGGCGGCGCUUGUAAGUCAGAAAAUGUUGCUUUCGAUCGCAAUGGUUGCCGGUGAUUUGAAAGAUGCCGCGAAAAAAGCAAGAGAGUGUCUUUCAAUGGAAGAAUUCACUUUUGGACGUACUUCCAAGCAAGUCAGUAAAACGCGGGAGAUAUUGGACUAUUUGAUGUUUGGGAUCGAUUGGGUAGUCAUCGUUUCGGAGAGGUUUGGUGAACAAUCGGUGGAUUUAUUGCUGGGCAAUGUUUCGCUUUUGACACAAAAGCUUUGUCAGGCCAAGUGGACCCAAACCAUUUUGUUGAUAACUGCACAACACCUCGUGUCAUCUCGGCUAAUCGAAAACCGCUCUCCACACGCUUGCCAGUUCUACGCUCUCUAUCCUAUUCACGCUGGGAUGUUUGGCGAUUUCUACCGCCUCGGCCACCAGUCACUGUGGUGUGAAUUUUCGUCCACAUCUCAGAAUGCCCUGCCAUUGCCGAAUUUUUCUUUAUCGCCUGCUAUUCAUCUACGUUACUCGGUGGUCUGUCAGUGCAUCGCUUAUGCUUACCGAUUCCGGUGUACAGUUUCCUGGCUGCUUGACCUGUAUAAACCUUCGUACAGUCGUCACAUUUAUUUUGUGUACACAGUUCAUAGUCCUAUCAACCGGAAGGCGAUCCUUCAGCUGCACCAACACUGGGAGUAA